AGGAUUGCUGAGGAUUUCAUGAGAUGGUAUGUGUGGAACAGAUUUGAAACUGUGAUGCCUAGUCCCAGUGUGAAGGGUGGCAGUGGUACUACUGGUGGAAAGAGCUGCAAGGAUAUGUGGCACUUUGUAAACAAAUAAAAGACAACAGUGUAACUACAACUGUCUUAUUCAUUUAUUUAAUUCUUUGUUUUGAGAUAAUUUCACACUUACAGAAAAGUUGCAAAAAUAGUAUAAAGAAUUUCCAUAUUCCCUUCCCCUAGCAUCCCCCAAUGUUAAGAUCUUGUAUAACUAUAGUACAGUUAUCAAAACUAAGAAAUCAACAUGGGUACAAUACAAUUAACUAAACUACAGACUUUAUUUGGAUUAUACCAGUUUUACCACUGAUGUCCUUUUUCUAUUCCAGGAUCCAGUGAAGGAUCCCACAUUGCAUAUAAAUUUCCUAAGAAGAAUAUAUAUAGUCUGUCACAGUUAAUCAUUAAAAUAGUUCUGGAGGAAACGUCUUUAUAUUUUACAGAUGAUUAAACUGAAUCUCAGAAAGGACACACACUACUUUAAGUAGCAGAAGAAGAAGUCAAACCCAGAUCUCCUGUAUUCACUUCAGGACACCAUGGUUAUCUAUCUGGGGAGUCGGGCAUGUAUAACAAAGGAGAUAAUAAAGCAAACAGUUGCCACUACUGGUAUAUGAAGUUCCACAUUCAAAUAUUGUGAAAUGUUAAAGGAGUCCAGCAGUGUAGCACAUCACACUCUGGCAAAUCACAUGCUUCCACACACCAGCGACUUGCUAUUUGUGCACCUCUGUGGGCUAGAAGCCACACACGGGGAUUCAAAGGAUAGGGGAACACGUUCCAUCCUGCAGGACUCUGGCUCAAGCUCAACAAGUUAAAGGAAAAAGAAAGAAAGCCACCACAGCAUGAGAAUUCAUUCAAGCUAUAGCUAAACUUAGCCCUUUGGGGGCUGACCCUCCCCCAACUAAGAGAGAAUUCUGCCUUCCAACUGAAACAUCGGCUCAUCCUGCCUGAUGACCUUCAAACUGUGACAUCGGCUCUUCCUGGUUCUAUGGCAGCUUUUGGCCUUCAAACUCAAACUGGAGGAACAUCAGCUCUGCAGAUUUUGGACUUGCCGGCCUCCUCCGUAAUCACAUCUGUCUGAUACCAACAGCCAUACUCGUCACCACCUCCAAGCCAGAUUCAAAUGGCUUGCUGAAAAGUCCCCAAGGGUGUUCUGCUUUUUUUCCAGUUUUGCAAGGGAAAGCUUUGACUCUGAAUUGGAAACCUCCCAGUAACCACAAUGAAGAGGAAAUCCCAGGACUGCCAGUCCAGAUUGCCAGACAACAGUGCCGUGAAGCAGCAGCAGUUGCCCGCCUACCGGCUACAGCUCUCAGCCAACAAAAUCCUCUCCGGCUUUUUUGCCACAGGCGUGUUCUGCCUUGGAGUGGGCGUCAUCCUUCUGUUGUCUGCAAAGACCAUCAAGGAAGUAGAGAUUAAUUACACAGAAAAAUGUGCAAAUUGUGCAAAACUGCGGGAAAAUGCUGCUAAUUUUGACAAAGAAUGCAACUGUUCUAUUCCCUUUGUCCUUCCAGAGACAAUGAAGGGUAAUAUUUAUAUGUACUACAAAUUGUAUGGCUUCUAUCAGAACCUCUAUCGAUAUAUUCUAUCCAGAAGUAAUAGCCAACUGGUGGGUACAGAUGUAAAGGAUGUUAGAAACUGUGCUCCAUUCAAAACCUCCCACAAUGGGAUCCCCAUCGCUCCUUGUGGUGCUAUUGCCAAUAGCAUGUUCAAUGACACCAUUAUUCUUUCUUACAACCUUAAUUCAUCUAUCCAUAUCAAAGUACCAAUGAUAAGGAGUGGAAUUACAUGGUGGACAGACAAGUAUGUCAAGUUUCAGAAUCCAAGUUUCCAAAAUCUUUCUAGUGCAUUUGCAGGAACCACAAAACCUCCGAACUGGCCUAAGCCUGCCUAUGAACUAGAUGAAGAGGAUCCAGGAAACAAUGGCUUCAUCAAUGACGACUUCAUUGUGUGGAUGAGGACAGCCGCAUUUCCCACUUUCAAAAAACUGUACCGCCGACUCCAUCGAAUAGAGCAUUUUACUGAAGGCUUGCCUGCUGGUAGUUAUAGUUUCAACAUAACCUACAACUUUCCUGUAAACAGGUUCCAAGGAGAAAAAGCAGUUGUUCUUUCCACCCUGACAUGGAGUGGAGGCAGUAGCCUUUUCUUAGGUCUCGCCUACAUGGUGACAGGAGCUGUGACCUGGUUAGCCUUCUUUUCCAUGUUGGCAGUUCACUUGAGGCUGAGAGAAAGGAAAAUGUUCUUCCUCCAUCAGUAAAGUCAGACUUUAAAAAGAAGAGCAGAAAACACAGAAAUGGCCAGUGAAGUAAUGGAGCCAAAGAUCUCAAAAUGACUGGGAUGUUUCAUCAAGGGGAACUGGACUGACUGACCAAGUUCAAUCCCAGAUAGAUAAAUAAUGAGAGCUUCAGAGUGAAGAAGAAGAAAAAGAAGAAAAGGAGGAGGAGAAGGCAUAAUUAGGUAUAGUAAAAUGUCCUUGGAAUGGGGAAGAUAAAUCAUCCUUGAGCUCUAAA